GCACCCCGGAAGCAGAUGACAGUGUGCGGUUCAUCUGACAACAAUCAAAGGACAAAGUUAUUAUUUUUGCACGAUGUUGUAAAUAAAACCAUCGUUUAAUUUUCUCAGGAAGCGACUAUGUGGGUCGCCAGACGGUUCCUGUCAUCGGUCAUUCAAAGAGCUCAGUAUGUGGGACAACCCAGCUCCUUCCUCCGGCCUCAGCACGGCUCGCUCCUGGAGCUGGAGCUGCGUUACGUCCAGUGCACCUGCUGCUGGAGGAGCCGGGUGCCCAUCGCCGGCUUUGAGACCCUGAACGCCACCAUCUCCUCCUCGUCGGAGCCAUGCCAGGAGGACCACAGCAGACCCCUGGACGCCUGCUACACCCCCGAGCAGCGAGCGGCCAUCCUGCAGCUCCUCAACAACGCCACGGCCACAGAGCUGGCCUGUGUGAAGCUGCUCAGGGGCCGCAAGUCACUCAACAUCGUGGAGUACAGGACUAAAAACGGACCCUUCAAAACCCUGGAGAGUGUGGUGAACGUACCGCUGCUGAAGCACAAGAGCGCAGUCGUAGUCUUCAACUCCAUCCUCAAUCCAGUGAAGAAGGAGAGGAAAGUGAGGAUACAGCUGGUCAAGUUCAUCAAGCCAGACGUUGACAAGUCCUGGUUGGAGGAUGCCAAUACAGUAGUGUCGAUAGUUUGUGGGACUAAUAAGGUGGCUUGGGCCCAUGUGGACCGUGGAAUGACGGUGUUGGACUGGCAACACCUGGACUGUCCCAAUUUCCUGAGAGGAAACUACAUGGCUUCUGCUUAUUUGACUGAUGUCUCUUCAGUCGUGGCUCUCCUCCCCUCAGCAGACUUUUAUAUCAUUGAGAAAUCCUCCAUCUCGGUCCAGAACACUUCUCUGUUCCCCAUCAUGGCUCAUAUGAGGUCUGUGGAGGCCAUGCUGUUCGCGCUGCUGGAGCCCAGAAACUCCCCGCCAGAGUCCAACAUUCCUCCCAAGGUUCUCAACAUGAUGCGCACCGCCGUGGGGCGCCACUUUGGGCUGAUGGUGGGCGAGUCCCGCACCAGCGGGGCGCAGGUGGUGCGGCAGCUGAUGACGGAGUCGGUGACGCAGAAGCUUCCGCGGAUCAACUUCCCCCAGGACAUGCUGGUGAAGUACCAGAACUCCUUCCAGCUGGGCAGCAGGAGGGGCGGCGGCGGCGGAGAGGAGCUGUGCGACGCUCUGCUCCAGGCUGUAGCUUUCUUUGAGCUUCUCAGUGAGUCUUCCUGAUAGCCGCUAACCUGGACUGAUCUCAUGGAAGCGAAGCACUACAGCGAAUGGGAGCGACAAGUCGGGAGUUUUCUGAACUCUAAUGAUCUGGUUUGGCAGGAAUAAAUAUAUUUAAAGUAUUGAGAAUUAUUUUUGGUGCUGAACCUGAGGAGUCUUGUAGUGCUGUAGUCACAUAAAGGAAUAGCUGUCACUUUUUUUUUUUUGCUGGAAGGUCCAAAAUACACUGAACUCACCUCAACAGUUUCACUAUCUUUUCUUAAAAUACUCUCA